AUGCAAGCUACGACUGAAGAUAUUACCGUGCCCUGGGGCCAGUCUCCCGACCCAGCUGAUCACCAAUAUGGAAAAUGGAGAUUGGCCGUUUUCCAGGAUGUCAGAGAAUCCUUGGAUCAAACAAAAUUGUAUUUCCUUUACGAUCCAGUGGCUGAUGAUACCUGCAUUACUACGUAAGUUUUAUUUUUUAUUGUCCAUGGUUAAUUUUUCUAAUUUUAGUGGUGGAAGAAAAGGAAUGACCUGCUUCGCUGUCUUCGACACAAUUCGAAAAUGUUUUAUAGCCGAGAUCCCGUUGAGAGUUCAAGGCAGAGUGAAGUUUCUGUUUACGUUGACUCAGCCAUCACCUGUUGGCGGAACUUCCGUUGUCGUAGUGACCCACUCCGAAGAUUAUGGACAAUACGUUGUAAGUCUUUUGUCUUGUUUGUUCUUUGUUUUAGGCUCUACCUUGUCUGCUUUGACAUAUUGUCCGUUGUGGUCAGAAAAAUGAUCAAAAUUAUUUUAUUCUUGGCCUACUACAACAUAAUUAUUGUUGAUUCCCUAAUUUGAAUGCUUGCAGCUUCAUUUCUGGCGAGUGGACUUUACUGCUGAUGGACUAUCAAUCGCCGGCGAACCUCGAUCUCUUGUUUCCCGACCAAUUCCAGUGGGAGAGGACUACAUUGUUUCCCAAAGAGAAGACGUUCCGGAAAUUGUUGUAAUUUCUGGACCUCAAAUGACUGUAACCUGCCUUAACGCUCUUGCUCAAAGUCCUCAAGAUCCCAUAAAGAAAUUCAGCGUACCCGGAGCGGAGGUUUCGCAUUUCUAUGAUGGAUUUCUUAGCCAAGGGUAGGUGGUAUUACUUUAGUUUAAAAGUUGAUAUUUUUAAGGUUGAAACACGGGGAAAGGGAUGUUUUUGAUUGAAAUGUGGGUUAAAAAAGGCAUUAUGUAGCAUUUUGAGAUAGAUUUCCUAUUUUUUUAAAGAAAAAAAUCGCAGAUUUCUGUCAUGGACAAUAUAAAAUUUUAUAAUUUUUGAUGAGAUUUUGGAAUAAAUUUGAACGCGAAGAAUUUCUAAGCGUAUUGUACCCCACUAAUAUGUUCUUCAUCCUAAAGUUAAUAAUUUUUAUGCGAUUUUUUACUAAUUUUCCUUUAUUUUAGCAACGUCUACUUCCUGAGUGCCUCCCCGGAUGGCCACCUCGACUACAGCCGUGUUCACAUCCUUUCUUUGAACACCCAGCAGCUGACCACUCAGUACUGUCAACCGGAUCCCCAACGUGGAAAUCCCCCAGCUCGAAAACAAGCCGGCCUUGACUCGAUCGCUGGAUUCAUUCUCCUGGCUGGUGGAGAGAUUGACUAUGGGCAAGGAAAUGUUCAGAGACUUGUGGAUUAUUGGGUUCUGGAUCUGCAGACCUUCAAGUGGAAUCAGGUUCCAGCUCAGAUGCCCAUCCCUCUGAUUGAGCCGAGAUUGAGCACGACAGCCUCAGGGAAUGUGUAUGUGUGGGGUGACUUCGACCAACCGUUGCCUGGAAUGCCCCAGGAUCAGACUCAUGUGAGGAUUUUGAAGGUGAAGGGACUCAGCACGGUGGCCCCGCCCCCGUAUAGUCAGGCCGUUGGAGGUGGAAGUCAGCCCUACCCAGCAGCGAAUCAGCCCUAUCCCGGAUCAAAUCAGCCAUACCCAGGCUCAAACCAGCCUUAUCCAGGCUCAGGAGCCGCUUAUCCCACCAGUCAGCCUCCAAAUAACCCACCAUAUCCCGGUUCUACCCCAUAUCCAGGUGCCGGAUCCUCGUAUCCCAAUCAAGGCUACGACCAGAAACCCGGAGAGCAGCCCUAUCCAGGAUCCGGAGGUGCCGCAUACCCUCCAACAUCGUAUGGCCCAGGCUCGGGCGGCGCCUAUCCCCAGCAGCCCUACCAGAGCUACAAUAAUCAGCCGGCCCCUGGCGAUUAUCAACAGGCUCCUGGGGACGCCCCACCUCAAUAUCCAUAUUAUCCACAGCAGGAAAAGAAAAAGGAUUGUGUAAUUCAGUGA